AGUUACAAUUCUGCAAGUAUACCAUGAAAGAGGAUGAUGAGGAUUUAAAACAAUCAACAAGCAGUCACUUUAACUUAGACCCAAACCGUGACAUAUUUAUUAUUGCGCGCGACAUCACGCUGAAUGAUUUUGGAGGAGAUAUCGAGUUUCGAGCUAAUCUUCAAAACGCAAUAGCGAUAGAAUUGUUGACAAAAAGCCAAACCAACUUUCCUGCUAUUAUUCCCGUCAUGAACAUUGUUGUCGGCUGCGACAGUGAGGCCAUUUCGCCUUCAGUUCUCCGUUCACAUGCCUGUUUUACCAACUCCUUUCUACUAGGAAACGGCGUUGUCGGCUGCGACAGUGAGGCCACUUCGCCUUCAGUUCUCCGUUCACAUGCCUGUUUUACCAACUCCUUUCUACUAGGAAACGGCAGACACAGCCAAAAUGAUCCAUGGAUUGAUGUUAACAAGUUUCCUGAGAGAGUUGCAAUUGCCCACAUUCGUCAGGUUUGGAAAGGUCAUAUGAAUUCACAAACUCGGUGGGCAAAUCGUUGCAAGGAACUUAGCAAAGGGAUUCAGUGGGACCGUAACGAUCCUGACUACUCUAAUGUGAUAACCACAGCACUGUGUGAAAACCGAAUCGACUUAGUUACACACUUGCAAGAAAUAGAAACCAGCUUUAUGACGAACUACUUUAUACUUUGGGGCGAUAUGGUCAGCUUGAAAAUCAAAUCGGUUGAAGAUGGUGGACUACUGAAACCAUUGAUAAAACAGUUAAACGAUCCUCAUACCAAUGAGGACAAAAAUCAUAUUAAACACAUUCUAAGAAAACAAGCAAGGCGUCCAGUUCAGUUUGACAAAAGAAUGUGUAGGAGUUAG